CUUUCGAGGUGGCCAUCCUGCAGAACUACAGCUGUCCUGUUCGUGCUGUGGAACCCAUUUGGCUGUGAUUUGACUUCUAAUCAUGUCUAUUAGGUUUUGUUUAGCUUUGCUGGCACUCUCCUCUCUGAGUGCUGCAUCUGACCCAGACUGCAAUGAGCUGAUUAAACCUCUGGAGGAUCGAACCAAGGUUGCUGGCAAAUGGAUAUAUCAUGUUGGAGCAACAGAAAAUGAAGAUACUCUAAAGCAACUUCACUUUAUUAACAGCUCUUGGAUCAUACUCUCGCCCAUACCUGACAGUGAUGAUAUGACGCUUCGCUGGGCAGACAAAAUGAAUCAAGGAAACUGUUACACUGGAAGCAGUAAUACUACCUUCUCAGGAAACAUCACCAAGGUGACAUUUCACUUUAAUGGCACUGAUCAUCACCAUACUGGGAACCACCUGGUGACCUGCCCUGACUGCCUCCUCUGGACAGACACCACAGUGACAGAGGGCAAACCAGGAGCCAGUAAAUCCUUGUACCUCUUCACAAAGACUGGGGAAUUGGAUGACUCUCAUCUGAGCGUUUUCAAGAAACAGGCUGCGUGCCUUAACUUAACAGCUGGAAUUCACUUUGGAGGAAACACAGACUUGUGCCCUGAAGAGGAGAUGGUUCCCAUAAUGCGACUUUAUGGUUAAUUUCGGAGAAUUCCACAGAAGCAAGUAGCCAAAGUGAAGUAAAAAUAAACACCUACAUUUUUAUUUUGGAUUUUUUGUUUUCUAUCCAUUAGUGUGAAGGAAGACUUGUUAUGGAAGCAAAAUAGCCUAAAAUCUGAAAAUUGUGGUGUUAAAAAAACAAUAUUGUUUGUUGUGCCUCAUCUUAAGGAAGACUUGUUGUCUGAAAAUUGUGGUGUGUUAAUAAACAUUGUUGUCUCAUCACGAAUCAUGGAUACCACUUUUUACCUUUUUUUCUUCCAUGCAUAUGAAGCUUAAACACUUAAACACUAUAUGUUUGCAUGUGUGAAGGAGAUUAAUUUAUCAAUUAUAAAGAAAUCCGUCAAUUAGGCCACAUGUCAUAGAGUAGUAGAGGCUGGUUUCUUUAAUAUGUUAAGAAGUGAUGUUUUCCCAGCUAAGCGGGGCAGAAGGAGCCUCCUAGCUGAUACACACAUACUUAUCAUAGCUAAAAAAAUAAAGAUUAGAGCUAUUAUAAAAUAAAUACAAUAUACUAAAUACGACUGUCUGACGUCACUACUAAUGCUAAAGUGACACAAAACAUUGUCCAACACAGCAAAGCAAUUGUUAUAAACUGUGACUACAAUAUGUGUUAGAGGAGUCAAUGAUGGAAAUACUAAACAGGGAUGUGAACUGUUUCAUGCAUGCAUACUCUUGUUCUACCUCAACACAAGCCUUUUUUCAUGUUGUCGACUUGUCAGGGAGCCCCUUGAAGAAUGGGAAACAGCACUGUUACAUGACUGUGAGAAACUUUUGCAGCUCUUUCAGAAGUUGUCUUGCCAAGUGUGGCAGUCCCAUUAAAAGAAAAGAUAGAUGGCAGCUUUUUAACCUUAUUUUUGCAUUCUCAAAGAGUUGCACAAGCUUAAGCUUAAUUUCAUCAUGCAGGCUAACUUUGAACCACCAUGUAUACAAACACAUUUAAUGCAAAAUGUGAAAUAUCUCUACCCAACUCAGUAUUGCUUGAGAAUCAGAACAUGGCAACUGAAUGAGCUGUUUUUGUGUGUUACGUAACACAGCCUCAAACUAUUGUCAGUGCACAUCAAUAAGAGUGAAACACACACACACACACACACACACACACACACACACACCAUUUAUAUAAUGGCAUAUUCAGUGCUGUAUGUUACACAACCUCCAUAUACCCAACCCAUGAAAAAUAUUCCACCAUAAAAAUGCUUCAAUCUUUACUUGAUAGAAUUGUCCCUCUUUUACAGAUCAAAGCCUUCAGUAUAAAGGGCCAUGAAAUGAAGUUGGUGAAUUAUUACCCAAUAUUGACAGUGGCUUUUUCCAGACCAUCUGUAAAUACAUUGAUUAUUGACUGUCCACAUUUCAAGGUUUUUGUGUUGACCUCUGAACCAAAUCCACAGGGCAAGAGCAUGUUUACCAAGCACAAGUGAAGAGACCCUGAUUGCCCCCAGUGUUCCAAAAAAAGCAUGUGUGUGUUGUACUGUGGCUUACACAUCACAUGUGACCUAUUAUUGUCACCUCAAGUAAUGAUUUCUUCUCUUUGGAAAUGAAAAAAACAGAACGACCGAUCUCUGAAGUGUGUCUCUGGAGAAAUGGAGGCAGCACAUGUUAUAUAAGUAAGCUGUCACCUCCCCAUAGGCAUCAAAAAGUUAGUUGACGUCAAAGAUGCUCAUGCUCAUUUGUAGUUUGUUCAAUUAUUUCAUCAAGCAAAUACAAGAAGUCAAUGAAGAUACUGAUAAGGUUUUCAAGAAAUGGUUCAAAUAAGCGGACAGAAGAGGAGUUGUUUGUGCGUUUGUGUGUGUGUGUGUGUGUGUCUUUCUUUUUUUUCCUUUUUUUUUCUGCCUUUGUGUUUGUGUGUGACUCUGUGCAGGAGGGUUCACAUAUUCAAAGAUGCAGGGGUCCUGCUAUUCAGUCUCUGCCAGCUGGCUGUUAUGUAACAAGAUAAAUAGGACACAAACCCUUGCUGACUGGAGUGUGUGUGUGUGUGUGUGUGUGUGUGUGUGUGUGUGUGUGGCCCAGCCCACUGUUACAGAACACUUCCCCGGUUGCUUCGAGGAGGCUCGAGCUGGCAGGAUCCCUGACAUUAGCGUUGCUCUCUGGCUGCCUGCUGUCUCAAGCCAUGGCUGCACAGCUGGUUGUAGCUCUGCUGGCUCUCACCUCCCUGAGCGCUGCAUCUGAACUGGACUGUAAAGAUCUGGUUAAACCUCUGGUCCUGGACAGCCACAGCCCUAUCUAUGGGAAGUGGGUGCUCCAUGUGGGGUCGUGGGACGAGCCCGGCCUGAAGAACGACCUGGUGACAGUGAACGGCUCCUGGGUGGACCUGUCAGCUUCCUCAGACAGCGGAGUCAUUACCAUCUACUGGGCCGACCGCCUAGGUGAAGAUAAAUGCCUGCAGGGUAUAGCCAACGCAACCAUCUCGGGGAUGACCAGUCACACCACCUUUAAUAUCAACGGUCACACUUCAUAUCAUGAUGGGAAGUACUAUGAGACCUGCGCCGACUGCCUCCUGUCUGAAGACACCACCCUCCUCCCUGACGGCAAGUCGAAGGGACGAUACCUUUUCCUCUUUACACGGACCGGCGCUCUGGAGCCAUCUGAGUUAGAGACCUUCAAAAAGCAGGCAGAGUGUCUUAAAUUCCUCCCAGAGUACCACUUUAUGGGAUCAGAUCUGUGUCCAGAUACCAGGGAGCCUGCUUCACCUGCUCCUGAGAAUACAGAGAUUGAACAAACUGAAGCUGAGCCUGCUUCAAAGUAAAACAGAGCACAUGGAUGUAUGUGAUAGGCAUAAACAUACACAACCAAACACAUCCAGCUUAACAUGUACUAAAUAGUGUCGUAAUGUGAUCUGCAUGAGCAUUGAUAUAAGGUUGUGCUGUGGCAUAACUUUUUCAUUAGUCGUGGUGUCAGCAGCAGCGAUGACUUAAAGGCACUUAAAUGGCUCCUUCAAAUCACUUUAACAGUCUGUAAGUAAAUAUUUCCAACUGGUUGUGUGAGGUAAAUAAAACUGAUUUCCUCUG